AUGGAUCGGGAUAAAACCACUCGUGUUGACCGGCCCGCCGGUCAGCCAGAGGAUUUCCCCGGAGGGCCCGAGGAGAAAGAAAGAAAACCGAGGACCGGACGACGGAUGACACCUUCCUUCUCUAGGCCAGGUGUCUCCGAUGAAGCAAUCCAGAAUCGACAAGCGAAGCGUCCUUCCUUUCUCAAUGACCGGACACCGAGAUCCAUGUUCUACCUUCCCAUGCUGAAUCCGCUAUCGCUGUCUUUCCCUCACAAGCUGUUGUCCCAGGAGCAAUCGGGUGGAGAACAUUCUUCCUACCCGUGUGAAAACUAG